GAUACUUAGAAUUCCAUUUCCAACCUUCAAAACUCUAGGAUUACUGUUUUCAACCCAAAAUCAGGGGAAAUACAAAUGGACACUUACCUGCCUGUAGCUAUGCCGUCUUUGAGGGAACUUCCUAAAAUAUCAGUCACCAAGUAUGUCAAUCGAUUACACUCCUAUGUCCCAAAAUAUUCCAACAAAUGGGGAUCUCUGUCGGAGUACAUUCCCGAUUCUGAUGUUUCUAACUGGAUUCCACCAUUCAGAGCUGUUGCUACUUUGAAUGGCAACCGCGUCACAACCUUCGAUGGUGAGGAGUACGCUUUCUCUGGAAAAUGUUCAUAUGUUCUAGCACGAGACUACACUGAUGGAAAUUUCUCUGUCAUCAUGAAUUUCCUCGGAAAAGACAAACAACAACUCAUCAUCAUGACAGCCAAUCAGAAACUACAAAUCGCCCCCAAUGGAAAGCUUCGUGUUGAUGGAAAAAUUAUCAGCACCCCAUACAGAUCUGGAGAAUUAAGUGUGGUUUCAGAGGAGCAGUCCUUUAACGUGUACGGCCGUGGAUUCACCGUCAACUAUAACAUUCCAAGAGAUCAACUUAAACUCGUUGUAAGUGGAUGGUACCACGGAAAAGUAGGUGGACUUUUUGGAACCAACAACAAUGAAGUGUAUGACGACAUGAUGACAUCAUCACGGCGAACUGUAAAUGAUGUGGAUCCGUUCGUUAACAGCUGGGAGGUUGACAGCAAAUGCCGUUAAACUGAAAAACACUGUUAAUACUAACUUUGAUUUAUCAUUCAAUUGUUAAAUUGUUAAAUCCAUGUUUUUGUUAUAUUGAUUUCCCCAAUCAAUAAAUAAAUCAUUUCAAGCAGUA